AAUUAAAUUAAAAUUCGUUAUUAUUAACAAGACAAUGAAAAAGUGAAACUUUACUUGCAUAUUUCGUCGACCAGCAGCUGUUGCUCAGCAAACAGUCCCCCUAUAAAUAAUCGGCCAAUAGAAACCCAGUUAUAGGUAUAAAUGUAUCUUAUUCCCGACAGAAUUGUUAUAAGAUGGCAAAUAUGUCGUACGCCUUGAUCGUCUUUCUUAUACUAAUUCAAUUUUCGUGGGUAAAGUGUUACGAAAUAUUGAAUUGCGACGAUGAAAACAGUCAACAAGUAGAAGUAUCUGUCAAAAGCGUUGUACCAUAUCCAAUCAUUAGUGACGAGCCAUAUACUAUUUCGGGAACUCUGAAUUUUCUAAAAGACGUGCCGUGCAGUGCUUUAUCGCUUAUUACUGCGGUAAAAUCUGGCGAAGACAAGAGCAAAUGCGAUAAGAACAUGUAUGUUUACCGAAUUCAAUUUAAGAUAUUUUAA